AUGAAAAUCGACCGUUUUCGAUCUGUCUGGGGGAUUGCUCCUGGUCCGAACAUGGACAAUUGGGCCCAAUGGUUUCCAGAACUAAAGGCUCAAGGUUACAGUGGUGUCGAAGUAGACAUUCAUCCGCUAAACCCAAGUAGGGACUUUCCACGCCUCAGGGAGCUAUGCGACCAGACUGGCUUAGAGAUUGGGUUAAUGAUACACUCGUCUUGGUUUAUGUAUCUCGGACCCCGCCCGGCUGGCACCAAAGCAGACCACCACUUGCAGAAUUAUCGAAGCCUGCUCGAAUCGGUUCAGCAAUUGAAACCAUCGACUAUAAACUUCCAAUCAGGCGAAGAUCUUUGGGACGUCGAGGAGUCAAUUAAAUUCUAUAACGGAACUAUCCAGAUAGACAGCGCGCUUGGAAUAUCUGGCCGUGUCUACCAUGAGACCCACAGAAACCGAUCACUCUUCACGCCGUAUGCCACACGGCGUAUUUUGGAGGCUGUUCCCGAGCUUCGGAUUACGGCCGAUUUCUCCCAUUGGAUGGUUGGAUGUGAAAGAGCCCUGGACGUCAGCGAAGGCGACAAAGUCAUGAUGGACGCAAUUAUACCGCAUGUUUACCAUAUUCACGCAAGAAUCGGAACAACGCAGGCAUCACAAUGCCCCGAACCUACAAACCCCGUCUUCAGAGAAGAGAAAGAGUGCUUUGAGAGGAUUUGGAAAAGUGUUAUCCGUUCGCGGGUCAAGGAUGGAGCAACCACCAGGAUUGUUUUUGUUCCAGAAUAUGGACCAUUCCCCUAUCACCCAAUCGGAAGUGCCAAAACCCAUAGUCAAGUUGCGGAUGAAGAGGGUAAACGGCUGCAGGUGCUUUUCAAUGACUUCGCUGCAACCUUGAACGAUACUUGA